AUGUUGUACACAAAGUCUAAACAUGGCAACCGCCUCACGGCGGGGCCAUUCGGGUGUUCAAAUUGUUUUGACUGCCCAAGUUGUAUGCAUACAUUAUCAACUCGUGCAACAAGUAUACAAGUACCUAAUCCAGAAGAUUCUACAAAAACUAUUCCUAAAAAGGUGUAUUACUUAGUUUGUGGAUUCUGUCGUUGGAUUUCUAGAGAUGUUGGAAUUCCUGACCAACCAACAGCUAGUGGAGGUUGGCAAGAAGCAGAAAAUCCUCACAGCAAUCGGAUCUCGCAACUAAUGGAAUUUUAUCGUUUGCUUGCUCAAAAAGAAAAACUUGAAAAAGAGAAAAAGAAGAUUAGUCAGAGAUGUAGUUAUCUGCAUAUUUCUGAUAAAUAUGGCAUGUCUGCUGCUGUCGUGAGAAAAUUGGCUGGAACACCUAUGGCUCUAAGCAAAGGUGAACCUGAAAGCUCAGAACAGUUAAUAAUACCAGAAGCAACAACAGAUGUUCCACCUUUGCCUGAAAAGUACUUAACAGAACCUCUUAAUUUAGCCACAGUUUGUACAUUGAAACAAAGGCUCUUUCAACCACAGUUUCAACCUACAUAUAUUUCAGAGUUGUUACCUCAAAAUAAAUAUUUGCAUAUCAAGAGAUCACAACGUUGCAAGGUGUGUGAGCAUAACUUAAGUAAGCCUGAGUUUAAUCCAUCAUCAAUUAAGUUUAAAAUACAGCUAGCUGCAUUCUACCAUAUUCCUGAACUGAGGAUAAAAAAUGUGUCAAAACUAUACAUGAAUAAACCAUGUCGAGUGGAACUGGUUCUAAUCAAUCCUACACCACAACCUGCCCACAUCACCUUUGAAAAUGUUGAGACUACUGAUGAUUUGUUCUCUGAGGUUAAAGUUCCUCCUUGUGAAUUAGUUCUGGCUCCUCGAGAUGAUACAGCGGAAUUUGAUGAUUCAAAUGACACUGCUAAUUUUAAGGAUGAUCCAAAUGUUGUGACUUUUCGCAAAUCAAAUAAACUAGGUUUUAUAUUUAGUGUGACACCUACAUCAAAAAAUGUUUUGGUGACUUUCCAAAUGAAACAUGACUUUAUUAAUAUGGCUGUAACUUUACCUGGUCAACAACCAACAGAACCUCAAGUGAUUUGGCUUAAUCAUGUUCUUAAACUUCGACUUGGAGUAGUUGCUGAAAAUUCAUGAUGUUAAUGUUUAUUAAUCCAAUGAGAGAAAAAAAACCCUGUGAUUAAAUUUACAAUGCUUUAUUUAGCAAUGAAUUAAUUUAUAACUAAACAUUUUUAGAUUUUUUUUUUUUUUUCAAAUGUCUAGGAAGUUUUAAUUUUUGUUGUGGGAAUAAAAAUGGAAUGCUAAUAAUGAAUUUAAUAGCUAAUUUAUAAGUUCAUCAAGGAAUCGAUUAAAAAAAUUUUUUGUCCAAAGAUUUGCAAAACAUGUGAUUGUGGUCAAAACUGGUUAACUUGGACAGUUUCAGUUGCAAAAAAUGUUUUGUCACUAUUUUCAUUUUACAUGCAUGUGUAAUGAAGGCAUUUGGAAUGCUUGUUUUGCUCCAACUGUGAUAAUAUUAUCAUUGUUGACAGCGUUUUGUACCAACAAACAACAGCUUUGCUGUGACAUCAUUAUGUAAUCAGCAAAUCAUAUUCCUCUGAUGAAAAUAAUUUUGAACUAUGGAAUUAAUAACUGCCGCUAAGUCAAUAAAAGGGCUUGUAAAUUAAGUAAUGUAGAUUUUUUUAAGCAACAGCAUGGGCAGAAAGGUAGCAAUAAAGAUUUAGUUGUGGUAGCAGUUGGCGUUAAACUAGCGUAAAAAGUGCAUCAUCAUCAAAAAAAUAAAGAAAUAAAAAUAACCUGGACCAUAAUCUUGUGAACAAAAUUUGAAUGUAUUUUUUUAAUGGGUUGCAUUUACGUGAUAUUAACUUUUUAAUAACUGGUUUUAAAAUAUGUAAUGAAUAAAAAUUACAAAAUUGAAUUUGUACUUUGUGGUAAUGCUAUUAGUAGCUUGUACUAUUUUUUAUCAGGUCAAACAUGUUUUAAAAUGAGUAAUUUAUAUUAUAUAUAUGCAUUCUUUACACAAUAUUUAAUUGUUAAAGAAAUACAUACUCAACAAUGAAAUACUAUUGAAUUGAAUAAUAUUUUUUUUAAAUUUGUUUUUGCAUA